UUUGUUUUUGAUGACUCACAUCAUCAUAACACUGGAAUAAAAGCGCAGAACGAAGAUCUCACUUAGAUUUAACCACUACCAUAUGGAUUUUCUUGUAGCCUGAAAAGCUAUGAGACUCUUUUUAAACUUGUAAACAGAAAAAAGGGAUAUCAGGUUUACAUUACAAAUAAUUAAAGGUGAAUGAGAAUAUACAAUCAAAUUACAUGAUGGAAACCCAGAUCCUAACAGACGCAGAAAAUGAAGACGGUUACAUGCUUGUUACACCGGACUACUUUUUGGAUGACCCAGGAUCCUUUUGUGAGAAAAGUUUUGUCAGAAACUUUGCUGCAUCUUUUCUGCCUCCAAUUUAUUGGUGUGUAUUUUUUCUUGGCCUACUUGGAAAUGGCCUGGUAAUUAUUAUAUAUGUGUAUUACAGAAGGUUAAAAACUAUCACAGACACCUACCUUAUAAAUUUAGCAAUCGCUGACCUCCUUUUUCUAGUAACUCUGCCUUUCUGGGCAAUAUCUGCUUCACAUGACUGGAUUUUUAAGACGGCUCUUUGUAAAAUCGUUAACAGUAUGUAUACAAUAAAUGUGUACAGUGGAAUGAUGUUACUAGCCUGCAUUAGUGUUGAUAGAUACAUUGCCAUAGUCCAGGCUACAAAAGCACAAAAACACAGAACCAGGAGAAUUUUCUUUAGUAAAUGUAUAUGUAUUUUUGUAUGGACUCUUGCAGUAAUUCUAAGUCUACCUGAGAUAUUAUAUAGUAAUGUAAAGGAAGACUCAUAUUCCAAAUACUAUUGUACUAUGUCUUAUCCUGUUGAGAUACGCAAGUCACUAAAAGUCAUUGCUCUUGGUUUGAAAGUCACAGUUGCCUUUUGCAUUCCCUUUGUGAUCAUGAUAUUCUGUUAUUCAAUGAUUAUUCCAACUCUUGUACAAGCCAAAAGUUUUCAAAAGCAUAAAGCACUUAAAGUAAUUUUUGCUUUAUUAACCGUAUUUGUACUUUCUCAGCUACCUUAUAAUAGUCUGCUUAUAGUUAAGGCAUGGGAUGCUUCAAAUGCCACAGUUGCAGAUUGUAUGAUUUCCAAAAAUCUAGACAUUGCAUAUAAAGUGACUCAGAGCAUUGCUUUCCUUCAUUGCUGUAUGAAUCCAUUUAUUUAUGUUUUUGUGGGAGUUAAAUUUAGGAAUGAUCUUUUCAAGAUUUUAAAAAUGUUUAGCUGCAUUAGUGAAGACCAAUGGAGAAAAAUUCUUAAAGUUGAAAAAUCAAAAGCACUUUCUGAAAUGUUAGAAACAAAAACGGGUACUCUAUCUUUGUAAAUGUAUGAAACAAAAUACUAAAAAAAAUGAAAAAAAAACUAUGGCCUUGAAAUGUAUAUAUCUUUAAAAUUAAUUUGAUUGAAGAAAAAAAAAAUUAGAUAUGCAAAGUAGAGCCAAAAUUGUGAAAUAAAAUAUUUUCGUCUGUGAACUACUGCUGUACCUAAAUUAAAAUUGUCCUUAAAAGAACAAACUGGGUUAAUUUUAAAAGUUUUAUAAAAUUAAAACUAACCAUGAGAAUUCCCCCCCCCCCCCCUAUAUUAUGAUAUAAUUUUGUACAUAACAAUUUGUUUAUAUGUGAUAGCACUGUAAUAGAAAUGUGUGCUAUGUAAAAGCAUUUAUGGAAUUGUUUGUUUGUUUUUUAUUCAUUAUCAUUUGUGUUGAAUAAAAUUACAUUUCAUCUUUCCAAUUAAA